UAGUUCCGUCUCCAGCAUGUGGAGUCAGCAAGACCUGGGGUGCCACCAGCCCCCACCCCCAGGAAAUAGGCUGGCAGCUUGUCCCUGCUGCCCAUGGAGCCAGGCCUCCUCUCCUAUAAGGGCCAAGAAUGCACUUACAAUGGCAAGCUGCCCUUCUGGUUCUAUACAUGCUUGCUGGGAAGUUCUUACAGCAUAACCUUAACCCUUCUGGCUGCCUUUUCUACCACCCCAAGAUAGUCUUGGUGGCCUGAAGGGCCAGAGACAGGUUGUGUUUUAGAUUUGUUUUUCCUAAUAUCUACUGAACACUUACCUGUACGCCAAACACUGUUUAACAACAUGACAUGUGUGAACUCACUUAAUUCUUAUAGCAAUGGUAUGAUGUUGGUACCAUUAUUAUCCCUAGUUUGAUGAGAAAACUGAGGUAUAGGAAGGCUAAGCAAUUUUCCUAAGAUCACACAGCUACUACCCAGAUGGGGAGUUAGAGAGCCCUUAGGAUUUUAAUUCACCAGAGCCCUCUGGCUCCAGUGUCAGUGCUCUUCACCCUAUCCACGGCUGCCUCUGUGUUGGCAUUAGGGUUCCUGAACAGUCUGGGCUGGCCCGAGGUAGAAGUCAGGAAGAGAAAAAUGAUACACCCUGUUUUCCCCUCCUGACUGAGUCUUCCAACACCAGCAAGAAAGGUGGGCACCACUGUAACCCUGAAUGCCGGAAAGGCAGCAGGCCCAGAGAGGUAUUGAGACGGACCAGUCUCAUAGCUGGCAAGUAGCCAAGAGCCCUGGCCUCUUGACAGCCAGCCCUGAACACACUAUCUGAAGCAAGAUGUGAGAAGGUAUAUGAAAUCCACCUGGACCUGAGCCUGGGAGAGAGCUGGAGAAGCUGAAAUGAAAAGUGAGAACAGGGAGGGCCUGCCCAUUGUACCCUUUGUAGCUACAGGAGGAUAGCUUCCAUGCUGGGAGCAGGUUUACUUUAUGCCAGGCUCUGGUAUAAGUAUUUUUACAUUAAAAAAGUCUUGAGUUUUUUCAGACAAGGCACAGACAGGCUAACUGUCCAAGGUUACUCAAGUGAGUGGGGGAACUGGCAUUUGAACCCAGGUAGUCUAGCCAUGGCUAAGGCCCAGCGAGUGUUGGUGAAUAAAUAGCCCAGGGUCACACAGCUACAGCCCAAGAACUAGGAGCCACUGGCUCCCUGCCAGCCUAGGAAAAGCAAUGACACCUGACUCCUAGCCAACUGGGGGUGGAGCAGAGGUGGAGCUAUGAAGACCCAGGUGGCCGGAGAACCACAGCACAGGCAGCAGAGCGGCAUGGAGCAGCAAUGAAGCAGAGCUGGGGACCAGGGCUGCUUAUCCUGGGAGCUGUGGUCUUCAUAGAGGGUCUUCAAGCAGCUCAGCAUGCUUGUGGGCAGCGUGGCCCUGGCCCCCCUGAACCUCAGGAGGGCAACACAGGGCCUGGCGAGUGGCCGUGGCAGGCCAGUGUGAGGCGGCAGGGCAUCCACAUCUGCAGUGGAUCCCUAGUGGCAGACACCUGGGUCCUCACCGCUGCCCACUGUUUUGAAAAGGCCGCAGUGACAGAACUGAACUCCUGGUCAGUUGUCCUGGGCUCCCUGCAGCGUGAGGGGCUGAGCCCAGGCGCUGAGGAGGUAAGGGUGACUGCUCUGCAGCUUCCCAGGGCCUAUAACCAUUAUAGCCAGGGCUCAGACCUGGCCCUGCUACAGCUCGCCCACCCUACAGCCCACACACCCCUCUGCUUGCCCCGACCUGCCCAUCGCUUCCACUUUGGGACCUCUUGCUGGGCCACUGGCUGGGAUCAGGACACCAAUGAUGCUCCCAGGACCCUACGGAAUCUGCGCCUGCGUCUAAUCAGCCGCCCCACGUGUAACUGUCUCUACAACAGGCUGCACCAGCGGCUUCUGGCCAGCCCAGCCCGGCCUGGGAUGCUGUGUGGGGGUGCCCAGCCUGGGGUGCAGGGGCCCUGUCAGGGAGAUUCUGGGGGUCCUGUGCUGUGCCAUGAGCCUGAUGGACACUGGGUUCAGGCUGGGAUCAUCAGCUUCACAUCAAGCUGUGCCCAGGAAGACACUCCUGUGCUGCUGACCAACAUGGCUGCUCACAGCUCCUGGCUGCAGGCUCGAGCUUGGGGGGCAGCCUUUCUGACCCAGAACCCAGAGACCCUGGAGAUCAGUGAUGAGGACAGCUGCAUAGCCUGCGGAACCUUGGGGAGAGAAGGGGCCCAAGCAGAAUCCCCUUCCCCAUGGCCCUGGGACGCCAGGCUGAAGCACCAGGGGAAGUUGGCCUGUGGUGGAGCCCUGGUAUCAGAGAAGGUGGUGCUGACUGCUGCCCACUGCUUCAUUGGGCGUCAGAGCCCAGAGGAAUGGAGCGUAAGGCUGGGCACUGGACCAGAGGAACACAACCUCAAGCAACUCAUCUUGCAUGGGGCUUACACCCACCCAGAGGGAGGCUAUGACGUGGCCCUCCUGCUGCUGGCCCAGCCCGUGACAUUAGGCCCCAGCCUGCGGCCCCUCUGCCUGCCCUACGCUAACCACCACCUGCCUGAUGGGGAACGUGGCUGGGUCUUGGGGCUGGCUCACCAAGGAGCAGGCACCAGCUCCCCUCAGACAGUGCCUGUCACUUUCCUGGGGCCCAGAGCCUGCAGCCGGCUACAAACUACCCUUGGGAGCAAUAGUAUCCCCAUUCUGCCAGGGAUGGUGUGUACCAGUGUUGUGGGUGAGCCACCCCGCUGUGAGGGCCUGUCUGGGGCACCACUGGUGCAUAAGGUGAGGGGCACAUGGUUCCUGGCUGGGCUACACAGCUUUGGAGAUGCCUGCCAAGGCCCCGCACGGCCUGCGGUCUUCACAGCACUCCCCACCUAUGAGAAAUGGAUCAGCAGUUUGGACUGGCAGGUGUACUUCACUGAGGAGCCACAGCCCGAGGCUGAGACUGGAAGCUGCCUGGCCAAUAUAAGGAGGGAGAUUUGUGAAGAUGAAGCCACCGCCCCCACUCCCUCUCCCUGACAGGCCAACCAGCUGGCUGUUGACAGGUGGCUCUGGGAUGCUGCAAACACAUCACUGCUUCAGCCCCUCUCCAUUCCUCAACCACACAGUUCCAGACACUGGGGCAGGCCCAACAGCCCAGUGGGUUUUGGGAAGGAGCCUGCCUGGAUCAUCAGUUGCCGUUU